AUGCCAAUCACUAUGAAUCCCACGCUGCCAAACUCGCCUAAGGAGCUGGCUUUACCUGCUGGCCCAGACUCGAAACUUUUCAUUGCCUUCAUCUCAUCACCGGACCCUAUCACCAAGCAAGCGUGGUGCCCGGAUGUUCGGGCUGCCUUGCCUCAUAUUAAUGAGGCAUUUGCCGGAAGUGACGCACCGACUCUAUCACUUAUCGAAGUUGGACAGAAGCCUGAAUGGAACAAUCCUCAGAAUGUGUACCGAACAACUUGGAGCACCAAGAAUAUUCCCACUCUGGUACGGUAUCAGCAGGUCGAUGGAGAGGUCACUGAGACGGGGCGAUUGGUGGAAGGAGAGAUCCUGAACAAGGAAAGGGUCCAAGCAUUUAUCGCUUGA